GCUGCUCGUAGCUGCGGCGGCGGCGGCGGCGGCGGCGGCGGCUGGGAUCCCCGGGAAUUGGGACCGGGACGGGCUUUCCCUUCUGCCAAGAUCCCAGCGUCGAGAAUGGCGAGCCGCCUGCCGCCCUGCGUCGUGGACAGCGGCACCGGGAGCCAGCCAUUCAGAGAACAAAACUUGAGAACUGGGCUUCUUUGCUGAAGAUUCUACUUGCCAUGGCAACUGGCUCAGUUUGCCAUUCUGUACAGGUAGUCCUUGAAUUCGAACCAUGAUUGGGCCCAAAAUUUCCAUUGCUAAGCAAAACAGUUGUUAAGUACACAAAACUGGGCUACGCUGGAAAUACUGAACCACAAUUUAUUAUCCCAUCAUGCAUUGCAAUAAGAGAAUCGGCCAAAGUAGGUGACCAGGCGCAGAGGAGACUGGCCCAAGGUGUGGAUGAUCUAGACUUUUUCAUUGGAGACGAAGCUCUCGUCAAACCCACCUAUGCUACAAAGGUAAAGGUGACACUUUCGUUCAUGGAAUGAUGCUGUGGUUCCUUUCUCCUUCACUUCAGUGGCCUAUCCGGCAUGGCAUGGUGGAAGACUGGGAUCUGAUGGAAAGGUUCAUGGAACACAUUAUUUUUAAGUAUCUCCGAGCAGAACCGGAAGAUCACUAUUUUUUAAUGACUGAGCCGCCACUGAACACACCUGAAAACCGAGAAUAUCUUGCAGAGAUCAUGUUUGAAUCAUUUAACAUACCAGGACUUUAUAUUGCUGUGCAGGCUGUGCUAGCCUUAGCUGCAUCCUGGACUUCACGACAGGUUGGGAACCGUACCUUAACUGGCACAGUGGUUGACAGUGGCGAUGGAGUGACCCAUGUCAUUCCAGUGGCAGAAGGUUACGUGAUUGGUAGCUGCAUUAAACACAUCCCCAUUGCUGGAAGAGACAUCACGUAUUUUAUUCAGCAACUCCUAAGGGAAAGAGAGAUGGGAAUUCCUCCGGAGCAAUCUCUGGAAACAGCAAAAGCCAUAAAGGAAAGGUACUGUUAUAUUUGUCCUGACAUAGUAAAAGAAUUUGCAAAAUACGAUGUUGAUCCCCACAAAUGGAUUAAGCAAUACACAGGAAUCAAUGCCAUCAAUAGAAACACAUUUACGAUAGACGUUGGUUAUGAAAGAUUCCUUGGGCCAGAGGUCUUCUUUCAUCCAGAGUUUGCCAAUCCAGAUUUUGUGGACUCUAUUUCGAAUGUGGUGGAUGAAGUUAUACAGAACUGUCCCAUUGAUGUUCGGCGUCCUUUGUAUAAGAACGUGGUGCUUUCAGGAGGAUCUACGAUGUUCAGAGAUUUUGGUCGUCGCUUACAGAGAGACUUAAAAAGAGUAGUAGACGCUCGACUAAAGCUCAGCGAAGAACUCAGUGGCAGUCGAUUAAAGCCCAAACCUGUGGAAGUUCAAGUGAUCAGUCAUCACAUGCAGCGUUAUGCCGUCUGGUUUGGCGGAUCUAUGCUUGCGUCAACGAGUUCUUUGAAGUGUGUCACACCAAGAAAGCCUACGAGGAAUAUGGUCCUGGCAUUUGCCGUCACAAUCCUGUUUUUGGAAUUAUGUCGUAAGAUUCACGGUGCAGCAGUAUCUGCUUUGGGGUCUGAUGGAGAACCUACUGCUGACCAGGAGGAGAGAGACUUGUUGCAAAUAGCAAACCUCAGUGUGGUGUGGAUGCUCCCUUGCCUAGAGUAUGCAUCAGAAUCAGGGAGUUCAAAGCAAUGGGCCAGCUAGAGCUCAGCGGUGAAAAAUGACUUGACUGUUAAAUUAACUCCUUUCUGCAAGUUAGCUUCCAGUACACAACAUUCACCUUGCUAAAAAAGGUGAAAGCAGAAACUGUUUAGAUCAGUUUUUUUCUCAACCUUAAAACUUUUAAGAUGUGUGGACUACAGCUUCCCAUGUUGGCUGGAGAAUUCUGAGAGUUGUGGACCAGGCGUCUUAAAAAUUGCCAUGGUUGAGAAACAGUAGCCGAUAUGAACAGAGAUAAGAACCCAACAUGUGAUAUUGUUCCUUCUGACUCUGAUAUUGGUUCUAACCUUACAGUGCAGAGUUUUUCAACCUUGGCAGCUUUAAGCUAGGUGGACUUCAGCUCCCAGAAUUCUGUUGAAGUCCACCCAAGCUUAAAGUUGCCAAGGUCAAGAAACACUGUUAUAGUGAACUUGGCAAGGGGAAAGCUCAGCCAUUGUAAAAUUGCGGUCUUGUUUCAGUAAAAAAAAAUACCCUACAUUUGCGAAGGUUUUAAAAGUUUUACGCUCGCAGUUAUGUUUGUGGUUGGUUUUUCUGCGUAAGAAUACAAGUAUCAUACCCACAGAAUUUGUGGAAGUGAUCCGAGUGUCUAGGUCAGCCCUUAAUACCAUGUUAUAAGCCACCCAGAGUUAUUUGAGAUGGAGAAUGAGCAGCAUAUAAAUAUAAUAAAUAAUGAAAUAAGUCUUCCUUGCCAAUAGUACACAACCUAAGGGCGUUCUUUGAGGAUACCAUGUGUGUUUUUAAAAUGGCAAUGUUUACAUUGGGCUGAACAUGUUCUGCUUCUGGAAUUUGUAAUUUGUAAGAUUUAUUAUUGCUAUUUAUUUAAUUUUUAGGGAUUAUUGUUUUAAAAAUGGGAAUUGAUUCCUCUUGGUGAAAUAAAACCUGUUAAUGUGUUCACAGACA